AAGGAUAGCAAUUCCCGUUGCCCUGGCUACGGCCGAUGGUCCCUCCCCUGCUAACUGCUGCUAUUUCGGGCAGCAUCAGCAUCAAGGUUGUUCCCAACCUAAGUGCUCUUGCAGCGGCGAGUGCGGCUGCUGUUGCUGGCGGGAGGGGGGGGGGUCCUCGGGAGGCAGGAUAUCCGAGAGCGGGGACAGGUGCAAGUCAGAACCGCGCUGGCGGCGGGGACAUCCACAGAGUAAACCGUACCUCCCAAGUUCCCUUGGUUCAGGCUGUAUUGAGCUUCAAAGCAGGCCAAAGUGAGGCAACCGCUGGGGGCCCUGCGAAGCCCCCCUGUUGGGUGUGGGGGGCUAAGCUUGGGCCCCCGAAGUGAGAUCCCUGGCUGUGCUGACUGUGGGGCAGUCAUGGGGGGAGCUGGCCCCCAUGUCCAUGAUUGGGGAUCGGAACGGAUAGAGCCUUGUGGCAUCAGCUGCAAUGCCCGACAAAGCCCCCAGGUGACUUGUGAAGCUCGUAUUCCUGCAACAGAGACCACUCCAGCUGCAGGAGUGAAUGUGGUCGUAGUGGUUGACGGGAACUGUAUUCUCCAAUAUACGCAUCGGCAGUCACCUUGCUCCUGCCUCUCUGAUGGGGAGCCUCUCCUGCCCCGUCGCCCUCCACCAACUUAUGGUGCUGUGCCUCCCAGCCCCACUAUCCCCCGGGGCCCAGCCUGUGGCCAAGAAGCUGGUCCGCCUCCGUCUCGCAGGACCCGUGGACUCAGUGUCCGCUGUUGCACCAAAGCCUGCUUAGGUGAUGAAGAGGAACACACGGAGCGGCACCUCCAUCGGGGGGCACCUUGUAGCCGCCUCACCCCAGUGCCCUUGCCCCGCAGCCCCUCUGGGCCAUGGUUUGGAGUGGGCUCUCUCAGCGGAGGCCGGCCAGGCGCUCGGGUUGUGAGGAUAUGGGACCGGCAGCGAUGCCCUUUGCUGGAGGAAGGGGAUGUAAUCGCCAAGGUGAAUGGGGCUGAUGUCCGAGAUCUGAGCCCAGGAGAAGUAGAGAGUGUCUUGCAAGAGCAUACACGAGCAGGAGAUGUGAUCCUACUGGUGGAGAGGAAAGGAACCAGCAUUGAAUGCCAGAUAGUAGGCUGGUUCUCACAAUCAAGAAUACUCACAGUGUGGGUAGGAGGAGUGUUCAGCCAGGCUCCAAGCCCUCUGCACACUCCCAAGAAAUGGUUGUGUAUCGGCAAAAAUCGAGGUCAUCACUCCCGGAGACACCCCCAGGAGAACUGCACUUUCAGACGGGAACACCUCUUGCACGACCCCACCCACAAUAAAGGAGUUCCUCAAGCCAUUCCUAACCCUUGGGGAGGUCCUGCAGGUGACACUUUGGCUGUGACCAGUUUUGUGGGCCCUGAGCCCCGGGAUGUACUUGUGUGCCCUGCUCGCUGUUCCCAGAGGCUGAGGCGGCCCCGGCCAGCAGGUGGGGUUGGGGAGCCCACAGGAAGUGUUGAUGGUCCCAAAGAAGAAUAUGGAUGCAGCAGUGGUAUCACCAUAGCAACAGAUGGCGGUGGAGCUGGGAGAGCAGCCAGCUCCCUGUUGCCCCAUCAGGAAGAGGGCCCCUCCCAUCAGGAAGAUGGCGGACUCUUAGCCCGGUUGUCGCAUGGUGACGUUGGGGGCAUCUUUCGGCAGGCAGGGAGCCGAGUGCGAAUGAGGGUCCGUAAUCGCAAGGAUGCAGGAGUUUCCAGCGAUUUGAACACGGCUGAUAUUGAAGUGGGUGAAGGUCACCGGAGCCCCACCUACCGCCCUCCUCAGCCCCAGGAGACUGGUAAAUACUCCGUGGAAUUGCUGCGAGGACCCAAUGGCUUUGGCUUCAGCUUGAGAGGUGGAAGUGAAUAUAACAUGGACAUCUAUGUCUUGGCCCUCAUGGAUGGUGGACCAGCCCAGCAAUGUGGCAAGAUCCGGGUGAGCGACCAGCUGAUGGAGAUCAAUGGAGAGCCUACUUUGGGGAUGACGCAUGCGCAGGCCGUGGAGCACAUCCGCAGUGGGGGGAGCCGGAUCCACCUGGUGCUGAAGAGGGGCAACGGCUUCGUUCCCGACUAUGACCGCGAGUACAGCCAGAGUCCUGCCAAGUUGCAGCAGGUUCCAGAGGCUGAGGACAAAGCCAGACACCGGCACCGGAGACCAAACCUGCCUGAGGACCCUCUGUAUCAGGGACAGACCCUCUGUGAUGGGGGCGGCCGGGAGGCAUCGCCCAGUAGCAAGCAGCAGCUCCCCAAAACCCGGGUGCACCAGAGCUCUGCCAAGGCUCAGUCUAGCCGGGUGCACCAGAGCUCCACCAAGGCUCAGGGGAAAGAAGAGGACGACGGGGAAGGGGGCUGGAGAUGUCAGCAGCAAGGGAAGAAUGUGGAGGGUGCAGGCGAGAGUUGCAAGCUCCUCUCCCCCAGGCCAAGCAGAAAAUUGCGCUCAGACCUGGUCCCGGGGCCCUGGCUUGUCCCCAGUAAGGAACGCCUGUCCCGAGCCCUGUGGGGUGUCUGCAUGGGGCAGGGGGAGGAGGAGGAGCAGAAGGGUGAUGCGGGGAGAGGGAAGGGCAUGGAGGUGAAGAGGCGGAGUUAGACCUAGCUGCACCAAGUGCGGUGCCGCCAUGUUGAGAACUACUCAGUGCCUGGGGCAAUGGCACUGUCCACCCCCAUCUGGACUAUGCAAUAUGAUUUUCCUUUUCCUUUCCUUUUUCUUCUUUUUUUGCUUUUUGCCCUCUCCCUCAUUCAUACUAUGCAACAAUGAUUUUCAUUUUGUUCUCCCCACUCUCACCUCCCAUCCAUACUAUGCAAUGGCAAUCUUCACAGCUCCCCCCCGCCCACCGCACUCUGUCUGCUCACUGUCACCCUCUUUCGGAUUGCACAAUGGCAUUUUCUAUUUGGCUGCUGCUAGCCCCCAUCCUACUCCAAGGACCACUCUGCUAACGUCGUUUUCAUAGCCUUCCAUCCUUAAUGGGCUGCAGCCUUCUAGUGCGGUGCUUUUCAAACCACAUUCCUUGGAGCAUCAGAAGUUUAUUGGGGGAUUCUUCCAUGAGAAGAUCAGUCAUGGUGGACAAGUUGCCUCGGGGUGGCCCUUCCAAGAGGCAGGGUGAGGUGGUCUCAUCAAGUGGCAGCCUCCUUAUCUGCUGCUGGGCUGGUUAUGAAAAGGGGCAGGAAGUGGGAAAGGAGAGGAGGAAAGGGCAGUGGAGUACUGUAGAUGCUGUAGCCCUUUUCUCAUGUCCUCUUCCACUCUCUCCUCCUCCUUAUAACUAGUGCAGUAGCACAGCAAGGAGGAUGCAGGGGAGGGCCUACGUGCCAUGGCAAUUACCGACACAAAGGAAGAGGAGGAGGCAAAGUUGUGUGCACGCAAGCAGGGGAGUAUUUGGUGGAGGGAGAGAAAGAGGGAUGGGCAGGUGUGCAUGCCAAGAGGUGGCAUUUGGUGCCCUGCCUCUCAUACUGGAGUCUUGGGCUGCCACAGCUUGUCCACAAUUACCCAUCUUCUCCUGGUAUGCAGAGUUGCAGAAGAGGAGUGAGCGUGGACUCUACAGACGGCUUUCACUUUGUACUAGACCAAACAGACCAGAAUGACUCUUGACACAAACUGAAGAUGAAUUUUACAACUUGCCCAGAAUCCUCUGCAACACACAGGAAUUCCAUGACAGACACGCAGAGGUUCUUCACCUAUUCAGUGUGGAAAGGAUUCCCUGAGGCUAGAGAGCUGGAAAGCCACUUGUCCAGCACAGAGUUUUGAACUUUCUUGAUUCAAGGAGCCCUUGCCACAAUGAGUCACCUACUGAGGAACCUCAGAGCAUCUGCUCCAGAUUCCUUGCAUGUUGCAGAGGAUUCUGGGGCAUAUUUUAAGAUAUGAAAAUGCAUGAAACUGAGCCUUGCUGUCACCUCAGAGGAACUGGAAAUGCAUCCCUGGAACAUACCCCAAACUUCCUUGCAAUUGCACUUCAUAGGAACAUAGGAAGCUGCCUUAUGCCAAAUCAGACCAUUGGUCCAUCUAGCUCAGUAGGCUGGCAGUGGCUUCUCCAAGGCCGCAGGCGGGAGUCUCUCCCAGCCCUAUCUGGAUCAUGCUGCCAGGGAGGGAACUGGAAUAAUAUCUUACAGUGCUCACACAAGUAGGCUCCCAUUCAAAUGCAAACCAGGAUGGACCCUGCUUAGCAAAGGGGACAAUGCAUGCUUGCUACCACAAGACCAGCUUUCCUGAAAUGAAACCUGUCUGGUAAAUGAAGACCAGUAGUGGGUGAGUAAGCUGCCCUUCAGGGAAGCUUGUCUGCCGUAGCUGAACUUCUUGAAGAACCCUUGGAGGAGUUUGGGAGGAACCUGAGGAUGCCCUGGGGCAUAGUUUGAAAACCACCAUGCUGAUGUCCCUUCUGGCCUCACCUUCCAAGACUAUGCAGCAACACAUUCCACACUGCUGCAGCACAUCUUAUACGAAGUAUAUGCACAUCUUACACGGCCCAGUGGCAAUGUCCAUUCUUCUCUCUCCUCUUUUCCCUGGAGUUGUGUAUGGUCCACCAUGUCUUGAGCCUUUCCACUCCAUUGGUGCCUCAAGCCACCCCAGACUACCCACAAGCUGCUGCCCCUUUUCCUGCCCAGUCCCCCAGAAUGCAGUGGUGUCCUUCACUCUGCUAGUGCCAACCACAGCCUGCAUGAGAGCUGUCAUGUGCUAAAAACAAACAGACCCACAGACUUAUGCCAGAUGGGGAUACAUAUGGAUGAUCAGCGGAGCUGUGUACUUCUGUGCCAUGUGCACACAGACAUGCCAACCCAUGCCAUGACACUGGGAAUUGUACAGAGAUUAUUUUUGUUUAUUUGCAAGAGAGAACAUUCUGUUCCCAGCAAACAAUUACAGCUUCUCCCAAUCAUUCACAGCAUGUUCCUGUGAAUGAUCAUAGUCUUGACCUACCUUGCUUCCUGCUGUGCUGAAAAGGCAGAGCAAUGUGGAAUUACUGUUGGCAAAGGAUUGUGGGAUAAAGAAGUGAGAUGGCACACCUCUUGCUUCUCCUCAGCAGGUGGUGGUAUGUGAUGAAGGGGAGGGGGGGAAUUACAACUUAAAUUUCUUGCUACCACCCUUUAUAAAAAAAACCAAAACUAACAAAACUUGUUGCUUCCUCUCAGAUCUCCUGCUUACCUCUGCACAGAUGCUACACAGUGUAUGCAGGGGAAGGGCAAAACUAGGGCACAGAGGCAAAAAGUGUGCCAUGUGCCUCUGCCUUCAGGAUUCAUGUGCAUUGCAUGCUGUGUGGAAACAUGAACUGGUGUCUGAUGUGCAUGUGUCCACAGUGGGCAUUUGGAGAAACAUUUGGCCACACUUACGUUUUACACAGUUUGCGGGAGGGGCAGUGUCACCUACAUGGACACAUGUAAGCCAAACCCAAGCAUGUCUGUGACACAUCUGGGAAGCCCAGCCUGGUUGCUGUCAGAAGGCCUGGCACUUAUCUAGCAGACGAGUCCCAGAAGUUGUCUAUCGUGCAGUACUCCCAUCAGCUCUUGUAAAGAGGUGCUGGGUCUAAAUCUGCCUGGAAGCCACAUCCUUGUACCUAGAUGGCCUGUUACCUAUUCUCAGGUGUAAUUAGGAGAUCGGCUGUCCCACAGGUGAGGAGAAAGACACACUUCACAUGCUCAGAGGCACGUUAUAGCCUUCCCACAGUUCCAAGCCAUGCAUAAUGUGGGUAUCUGGGGCUCCAUGGUCCAAUAUGGUGAGCCCUACCCAAAAUGAAGUCCUGAAGUUGUUUCUUCUCCUGUUCUAGCUCUGAAAGCAACCUGCCUGUAGGGUGACCAGAUACAACAGGCAGGGCUCCUGUACUUUGAAGAAUUGUGCAAGUGCAUUUUGGGAGCCUUUUCAUUGGGAGAUGGAAAUGACUGCAACAUGAGAAGCUGUUUCAGGCAUGCCCAGCAGUGACGUUAUGCAAUAGAAAUGAUUUUUUUUUAAAAAAACCGUACAAUCUAUACAUUAAAGGAUUCUGAUUUUUUUAAUGA